AUGACUUUAAGGAGUGGCCGAGUAUUGGGAACCCCUGAACAGAGUUCCCCUGCAGAGAAUUCUGAGAAAGAGGUGAGUCUAGAACCCAGUCCUAAAGCUUCCCAAGCUUCCAAGGACCAUGAGAUUGAACAAGUUGGGGAGGGUAACAACCCUGAUAUUUACAUGUCUAGAGCCCCUUUUUCCUCUUGUUUAGAAUCUCCAUCUUCUUCAACAUUUGGCAAGAAGGGUGCAAGAAUGGAAGAGAUGAUGGAAUUGUUCAAACAAUUCCAGAUCAACCUCCCCCUUCUAGAUGCCAUCAAGCAAGUUCCAGCUUAUGCUAAGUUCUUAAAAGACUUAUUCACUCAAAAGCGUAAGUUGAAGACCCACAUUCCUAAGACUAUCUAUCUUACUGAGCAGGUUAGUGCAGUUCUGUCUAAUCAACUCCCCCCUAAGCUUAAAGAUCCUAGAGCCCCUCUUAUAUCUUGCACCAUUGGCAACCUUGCCAUUGAGCGAGCGCUUCUUGAUCUAGGGGAGAGUGUUAAUAUUUUACCCAGCUCAGUUUAUGAUCGAUUUGGGUUUGGAGAAUUAAAGCCUACACAGACGUCCAUUCUGGCUACUGCCAAUGCCUACAUCAACUGUAGACUAGGUGCAAUGGAUAUUUCCUUUGGUAAUGAGAAGCUCCGAUUGAACAUCGUUACUGCUUCUUUAGGGCCCCAACGUGAGGAAGAGUGCUUCUCCAUUGAUAUUAUAGAUGAGGUCAAUGUGUUAUUAGAUGCCCCUACUCCUCCAGACCGUCCUUUGUGGACUGUCAAGUAUGAGUCACUUCCUCCCCUGGCUGAGAAGCCACUAUUGAGUUAUAUUGAGUCCCCACCAGUGUUAGAGCUUAAACUAUUGCCAACCUCUUUGAAAUAUGCUUUCUUGGGAUUGAAUGAGACGCUAUCUAUCAUCAUUGCUUCCAACUUGACAUCUGAUCAAGAAAGCAAACUGUUGGGUGUUCUCAAAGAACAUAAGGAUGCCAUCGGGUGGUCUGUUGCUGAGUUAAGGGGUAUUAGCUCAUUGAUUUAUAUGCAUUGUAUCUACUAUGAUGAUGGGGCUAAACCUUUCUGGGAUGCACAAAGGAGAUUGAAUCCUAACAUGCGCGAAGUUGUCAAGAAAGAGGUGGUGAAAUGGUUAGAUGCAAGCAUUAUUUACCCCAUCUCUAACAGCAAGUGGACAACUCUGAUUUUGAGUUGGGAGAAGAGCCAUUUCAUGGUUCAACAAGGGAUUGUGCUUGGUCACAUUGUGUCUCAACAUGGGAUAGAGGUUGAUAGGGCUAAAGUUGAUUUGAUUGCCAACCUCUCACCCCCCGCUUCUGUUCGGCAGUGCUUUAUUAUCUACAACACCCAUAAUCCAGCCCCGGAUUGGUCACUGCCAUUUGAUAUUAUGUGUGAUGCAUCUGACUAUGCGGUUGGAGCUGUGUUAGGACAGAGAGUCGACAAGAAACCCAUUGUCAUAUAUUAUGCUAGUAAGAUCUUCUCAGAAACUCAAUUGAAUUAUACCACAACUGAGAAAGAGUUGCUAGCUGUAGUGUUUGCUCUUGAUAAAUUCCGGUCUUAUCUCUUUGGAUCCAAGGACAAGAAAGGUUCCAAAAAUGUGGUAGCAGAUCAUCUGUCUAGGAUCUUAGUUGAGUCUCCCUCCACCACUAAGUUGGUUAGAGAAUCCUUCCCUGAUGAGCAAUUAUUUGUGGUUUCUCAUACUCCUUCUCCUUGGUUUGCACAUAUUGUGAACUACUUGGCUAUUGAGAAGCAUCCUGUUGGUUGGACUAAGCAAGAGAAAGAUAGAUUCUUCUCACAACUGAAGUUCUAUUAUUGGGAGGACCCGAAAUUGUUCAAGUACUGUCCUGACCAAGUCAUUCGCCACUGUGUCCCCCAGAGUGAGUUUCAUAGUAUCCUUACCUUUUAUCACACUCUUGCAUGUGGAGGGCAUUUUCGUGGCAAGAAAACUGCUGCCAAGGUUUUACAUAGUGGUUUCUUAUGGCCUUCUAUGGUUAGAGAUGUCCAUGAGUUUUGCUGUAAUUGUGUCCAAUGUCAGAAAGUCGGAAAUAUGUCUCGUAGAGAUAUGAUGCCCCUUAAUCCUAUUCUAGUUGUUGAGAUCUUUGAUGUGUGGGGUAUAGAUUUCAUGGGACCUUUUCCUUCGUCUUGCGUCUUUGAGUAUAUUUUGGUUGUGGUAGACUAUGUGUCUAAGUGGGUUGAGGCAUUGGCCACUCGAACCAUUGAUCACAAGGUGGCGGUUAAGUUUGUACAGAGCCAUAUUUUUAGUCGCUUUGGAUUUCCAUGUGCCAUCAUUAGUGAUGGUGGCUCUCAUUUUAAGCACUGGAUUUUUAGGGCUUUACUGCGGAAGUAUUCUAUUACUCAUAAGGUUACCAUGCCUUAUCAUCCGCAGACCAGUGGUCAAGUAGAGGUGUCCAAUAGGGAGAUCAAGUGCAUUCUUGAGAAAAUGGUUAGGCCGGAUAGGAAAGAUUGGUUGUUGAGACUCGAUGACACAUUGUGGGCCUACCGUACUACUUAUAAGACUCCCAUUGGCAUGUCCCUAUACCGGUUGGUAUUUGGGAAAGCUUGUCACUUACCUGUCGAGUUGGAACAUCAUGCUUUGUGGGCCAUUAAACAGUUUAAUUUUGAUAUGGUCAAAGCUGGCUCCACCCGUCGUCUUCAACUCUUAGAGUUGGAAGAGAUGCACAAUGAUGCGUAUGAGAGCACACAUAUUUAUAAGGCUAGGACAAAGGCUUGUCAUGAUAAACAUAUUGUCUGUAAGUCUUUUGAGGUUAACCAAAAAGUUUGGCUUUUCAAUUCCAAAUUACGCCUCUUUCCUGGUAAGCUUCAGUCUCGAUGGGAUGGUCCCUUUGUUGUCACCCAUGUGUCACCCCAUGGUGCUAUUACCAUUCAAAAUCUGCAAACAGGGCACACUUUUACAGUUAAUGGGCAGUGUCUGAAGCCCUAUGUGGAUGGUAUUACAGAUAAGCAGGUCAUUGAAUCUGUUGACUUGAUUGACCCAAUUUAUGAGUUUUCUUGA